AUCAACCGAGCAUCGCCUGUACGCAUUGUAUGGUUUUUCAUCAUAUGGCGCCAUUGUUGUUAGAGCAUCUCCUGGUUGUAUGGAUGGAUGAAGCCAUUCACUCUCUAAACAGCUGACUGAACUUGCAAAAGCGUGACAUCGCUACAUAGAUCCACAUGGAUCGCACAGCUGAAAUCUCCCCGGCGCGCAGCGGCGGAGGUAUACUGUAUGUCGCCUACAGUAUUAAACGCGUACCGCAUCGUCUAUCGCCAGAGGUGCCGCUGUAUACCACUCGAUCGAGGCAAGCUAAGGUGCUAGGACCUACUAAAUUUCAUUGGGAGAAAAAGAAUAUUAAAUCAAGGAUGAAUGAAUGUGAACCGAUGGAGGAGGAUACUGGAAGGGAGGGUAAUAGUCCCAUGGAUGGUGGUUCAGAUACCGGUGUCCAAAGGAAGCAGGAUCCCGGGCAUGGACAGAAAUCAUUGUUGGACCAUGGUGAUAAGACUGUAGAUGAUAACAACAGGGAAGGAGAGGGAGAAGUAGCACAGCAGAGCACAGUAUCUAAUGGAGAUGGAAGAAGCAAUGAGAAUUAUGAUGAAGAAGGAGAGUGCGGAGGAGGAAGAGGAGGAGGAGAGGCAGAUGAUGAUGAUGAUGAAGUGGACUAUGCAUCACCCAAGAUGUGGGGUUUUUGUCCCCGCUGGGAAUUCACAGUGAAGGAAUACUUGGAGGAAAUGAAAAUCAUACUCAAGCUUGCUUGGCCCAAUGUUGUAUACAUGCUUCUAGAAGCUAUGAUGACGAUUAUGGCUGUGCUCUUCAGUGGACAUCUUGGCAAGAAUGAACUAGCAGCUGCCUCACUUGCAAACUCGAUUACAACAGUUUUCACACGCUCCAUUGGGCUGGGAUUUUCUUCGAGUUGCGAUACACUUUUUACUCAGUUUUAUGGGAGUCCUAAGAAGAGACACAUAGGGGUGAUCUUACAGCGAGGUAUCUUGAUCAUGGCAUUACUGUGCUUUGUCUGCUGGGGUAUCCUCAUCAAUGCUGAAACUAUCUUACUACUGGCUCAUCAGAGUAGUGAGGUAGCCAGGUUGACUGGUAUAUACUGCCUCAUCUAUAUUCCUGCAGUGCCUGGAGACUACUUUUCAAUGUUACUCAUCAAAUAUCUACAGUGUCAGAGCUGUCUCAAGCCUGUCGUCAUAACAACGUUAAUCACAAACGUCAUAGCGGCUUGUCUCUACUACCUCUUUAUUUAUGUCCUCGAUCUCAGAUUAGUCGGAACAGCUAUAGCUCAGGUGUUAUCUCAUUACAUCCUAACUGCACUCGUCACAGGCUACAUACUGCGGAAGAAACUAUACAAAGGAACAUGGACAGGAUGGAGUAAGGACUGCUUGGAUGAUUGGAUGCCAAUCUUCAAGCUUGGUAUGGCAGGAUGUAUGAUGGUUUGUCUGGAAUGGUGGAGCUUUGAUGUAGGCUUCUAUCUAGCAGGGCUUCUCGGUGAGGAAUCAAUCGGAGCUCAUGCUAUUAUUAUGUAUACAGCUACCACAGGAGAAAUGAUCCCGUACGGUAUUGGCAUAGCAGCAGCAAUCAGGAUUGGGAACAACCUUGGAGCCAAGAAACCUGGCAUCGCUCAUGUGGCAUCAGUAGCUUCAUUAUCACUCGGAGUGAUUGCUGCUGUUAUCCUGGCCAUCUUGUACAUUUCACUGAAGGAUGUGAUUCCCUACCUCUUUACUUCAGACAGUAUGACGGUGAAGCUUGCCUCUUCCAUUCUGCCCAUUUGUGCCAUGUUUGCAGUAAUGGAUUGUCUCGCUACCGUUUGUGGUGGAGUGAUUCGAGGUAUAGGUCAUCAAGCAGUGGCGGCAGCAGUCGACUUCUUGGGAUAUUAUCUUAUAGGGCUCCCUCUAGGGAUCUCACUCAUGUUUCCACUCCAGAGAGGCAUUCAUGGUUUUUGGAGUGGCAUGACGUUAGGCCUCUUCAUCCAAGCUCUCUUCCUUGUUGUCUUCACUCUCACCUUAAACUGGAAAAAAGAAACAAAAAAAGCGCAGAAGAGAAUUGAACGUGUGGAAGAACAUGAAGAUGAGAGGCGCAACUAUUUGGCUAAAAGUCAUCAUGCAGCCUCUCAGACUGAUCUUGAAACAACACCCAACGGAACAAGCGAUAGACACCCUACUAAAAGUGCCACCGAGCACAAUGAUGGACACUGUAGGAAAGGCCUGUCAAGUUCUCAGCAGACCAGUGCUGUCACCGAUGCCAGUUCAAACACAGAAGGAAACUACGGUGAUGAUCAGUGUGACGGGAUCCGGCCAGUGGCUCUCAAUGGAUACCUUCAAGUCAUGACUGAUGAAAUAAGUAUCAACGAACCCAACAAGAGUGCAAAUAAUAGCUCAUGUCAAAACGGGAAUGUCGCAGUGAGUAGUGAGGUUACCAAAAUGAUGGAAUCAUCAAAGGACAAACCUAGAAAGACAUCGGUGUGGGAGCUUGCGCAGCUGCGCUUCUUGUUUUUAUGUCUUGGUUUUGUCUACCUUGGCCUUGCCAUUGUGUGUCGAGUGUUGAUUGUACCACCCCUGAGGACUAUUGCCAUCGAGAGAGAGAUGUCUAUGGCUAAUCUCACCAAUGUGACUACAAUGCUUUCACCUACAGAUGCUGUUCAGUACAGCGAGUUGCUGUAGGAACACUUGUCGAUCAUCAAUAUCAACGAAACUUGAUGCUUCAAACUUUAUUGGAGUCAUCUAGCAAUAUAACCGUCCACCUCAAUAACGUAAAGUAAUAUGAAGAAAAUAAAUGAAGCAAACUUUACUUAAGAUUGACUUUGCCAAGGCCUGCCUCUUGCAGAUGUCUCUUUGUGUACCUUACAGAUAUUACUAUAAGGUAUCUGAGCUAUCCACAUUCAAUACUCGUAUUCAGCCUACUCUCGAUAACAGCAAGCAAUAUUCUUUCAUGUACUGCUUCUUAAAACCACCCCACCCCGGAUUUCCUAUUCGUACUGCAUACUGAAAAUGGGUUGUUUGUAAUUAUGUAUCGUGUCGGCUGUAAUAUAAUCACUUGAGGUUCGAUCAGUCAUUAGUGUGCACACAUCCAUGGUUGCCGUUGGGUUGGGUUGUCAAUAGCGGCUCACCUUUGAAGCAAGCAGUCUGAAUGUAAUCAAGAGGGAUGACUUGAGAAGGAGCAAAGCAUAACAUAGCAAAUACCCUCCAAUUUAUAUCACAAAUAUCGUUCUUCAAUGUUAUGUGACUGUGUAUUCACCUCAAAAAUUAUAAGUUUACAUAUUGUAUUACAUUGCUUUGAGGAGCAUGUGAUAUUUACUAUGUAUAUAUGGUACACACCUUGAGUCAACAGGAUGUAUAUGAGCAAUAUUAAUCACAGAUACAACUCUGCUUUCAUAAUCAAUAGGAAUAUUUUGAUAGGAAUGUUUUUUUCUUCUUUUAAAUGAUACAAUCAGGAUAAAGAGAUUUCAAUUGAAAGACUAUUAUUGCCAUUACAAUAUUUUUACAACUCUUCUAAUAUAUGAAAAUUAUUUUGUUAUUAUAAUUAUUUUAAAACACUGAAUGUGCUUGGUCUACAUUCACAUGUAUGGCUGGAAUUAUGUUUUUAAAUCAUUACAUUUCACUGAGAUAUAUAUGAGGAUGUAUAUAUUUGAAUUUUAGAUACUAAGUAAAUUUUACAUUGUGUUAAAAUGAAAUGAAUGUAUAUCAGCCUUCAUGUUUUGAUCAUUUGUAAUGUUGAUUGAUUUUUAAAAAUUUUUGAAACAUGUAUGUUCUUGUAAGAAUUUUUUGUAGAAAUAGCUCACUUUAUAAUCUACAUAUUUAUAUAUUUUUUCAUAUUACAUAUUAUAUUCUCAAUUUUCUAUAUAAACAGUACUAUAUACAUGAUUUGUACAUAUUGUAAAUUUCUCAUUGGUUUUUAAAAAUGAAAUAAUGAAUAUUGUGAAUAAACUGUUGACUUUGAAAAUGCUAAACUGCCUGCAGUUGUGACAUUAUACAAUAGUUAAGGGGUAUUUUUUAAGCUCUAUGAAAUCUGAAUAUGGUACUUGAUGUUGAAGGUUGUGUUGACUCAUUAUAAAUAACAUACUUUUACAGAAUUGUUAUUUAUGGCAUAUUUACUGUGCCUGAGAGCAUAUGGCCUACUGUCUCGCAUCCAUUAAGCAUUUGCCUCAUAUAAGUGAUGGUUAUAAUAGAAAAGGAUUGAAUGAUUAUAAUUAUAUUCAUAUUGACUGCCUCAUUGUGUAGGGGGGGGGGGGAAUAAAUGUAUAAGAUUAUAAUGCACUUGAUAUGACUAUAUUGCCUUCAAAGAUAAGGGAAUUAUCCAAUAGACCAUUUUCGAAUUGUAGCUCAAUUUAAUGCAUAUGUAUAUGCCUUGAUACAAAUCGUUUCAUUCACUCGUUAUGAGUGCUUGUAUCUCGAUAGUCAGAAUACAAAUUAUAUGAGCUGUUGCUAGACAGGAGACACAUAAUCGUGUGACCUACCUAACAUCAUGUAAUACAUAUACGUGCAUUUGCAUUAUAUUGAAAUACAUUUUUUGAAAAAAGUGAAUGAAAAAGUUGUAUCGAAGCAUCGCACAAAGAUGUAUGCAUUAAGUUUGGUUACCAUUAUUUGAAAUGGCCUGUAAAGAUAUUUUCAUGAUGAUUUUGUUUUGUUAAUGAUCGGGAUCUGAAGGGUUACUAGGUUAUCAUAGAACAAAAAACUCUGCUUUAGUACGAUUCAACAGCUAACAAUGCAGGUGUAAAAGAGACAAGCUUUUAAAGAUAUUUUUUAAAGGGGAGCUGGGUGAUGGUGUUACUCCUGUCUGCCCCCCCCCCCUCCAGUCAGAACACCGGACUUUAAAAGGGUGAAUAAAUCACAUGAUACAAAAUAAUUUAUGUCAGUAGCACAAAAUACACUCUUUUAAUACAUUCCUUUUAUAACCAAGUCCAUAGGAUUAUACACAAAAAAAGUGAUUAAAGUGUACUUGCAAGAAAUAUGUAAACUAUUUUAUACAAAUUUUAAUUUUGUUUUUAAUAUCUAUGUACUCCAGCUUGUGUAAUUUGUUUUCUUAAAGGUAAGCUUUCAUUUUGGCUACCCUCUUUCCUUUCAGAGCUGCAUUAUUGUGUUUACAACAUCUUGUAUUAUCCUUGUGUUUAUAACAUCUUGUAUUAUCCUUGUGUUUAUAACAUCUUGUAUUAUCCUUGUGUUUACAACAUCUUGUAUUAUCCUUGUGUUUAUAACAUCUUGUAUUAUCCUUGGUGCUUCUUUUUUCUUGCCCGUUAUGAAAUCUUGUAUAUUGGUAUUUGACUCAUCGACUACUGGUACUGAAACUGGGUAGUUCCUGUAGUAAACUUAUGGAUAAUGAGAAAAUUCUGUAGUCAAUUGGCUUAAUUGUGUAUGAAAUAUUCAUAUGCAUUGUGUGGUGUAAUUUGCAUAUCAUGUUGUGUUAGCAUAUCUUUUUGACUAAAUGCCUGUUCGUAUACUAGUGAAAACAUUUGUACAGUCCAAUAUGUUGUAUAGAGAGCAUAUCAUUGAUCAAGUUUAACCAUCCAAAUGUAAAUUUGUCAAUAUUAGUGCAAGCAUGUACUGUGUAUACCUACACAAUGGUGAAUGUCCGUACUAUGUUUUUUUUAUAAUCUCUUACCAAUUGAAGAAAAGAAAACCAAGUCAUUUAUAAAAAUGUCCUUCCUGUUUUCAUUCUAUGACUAUAAUCAUUUUGUACUUUUAUUUUGUUACAGGAUCAUACAAUGGUUGGCACUUGACAUUAUAGAACAGUGUACCAAGAUGAACCAGGUUGAUAAUUCCAUUUCACAAAUAAGGGCCAACUCAGUGUUUUUUUUUAUUUCUGAGUUUUUGUAUGAUCAUGGAGAAAGUGACAUCUCUCUACAGCUCAAGAUAGCUGCAGCUACGACAUACCGUCAAUAGUUAAUUUGAAACUACAUGUGUGUCUUUCUUAAUAACUCAGGAAAGAUUUGCUUUUUUAUUUUAAAGAUCUGUCAAAAAGUUGAAAUAAUUAAAAACAGUUCUUAUUUCAUUUUUUGGCAGUGCUUCUGGUGUAAACAGUUUAAGGUUACAAAAACUAUAGCAAUGUUAUAAAAUAUAAGUAUAAGACUGAUAUACUGCCAAACCAUUGUACUUGAUAAAUCUUUGAACCUCAAAGUUAUGGACAAUAAUUCAAAAUUAAAAUGAUGACCAAUUCUAUGAAAA